GAGAGUCUAAGAUCACGGCACCUCCCCCUGGAGGCUGAAAGUGGACUCUCAGGUGUUUCAUCCCCUGAAGUCAUCAGGGUGUCAGCUGCUACCCACUCAGGAGGGCAGCUGGGAAGAAAAAAAGGCGCCCCAAGCUCAGCAACUUCCUAACACCUCCCCCUGCCCUUGAAACCUUAAACUGUGUGGAAUCAAAGAAACUGGGGGGCCAAUCCUUACCAUGCUUUCGACUGCAAUACAUCCGCAGGCAUUCUCUACUCCAAGCUGGCAGAUCGAGACCAAGUAUUCAACCAAAGUGCUCACUGGAAAUUGGGUGGAAGAGAGGAGGAAGUUCACCAAAGCCACUGAGGAGACACCCCAGUCCCUUUACAGAAAAGAGUACGUCCCCUUCCCAGGCCACAAACUGGACCAGAUCUCCAGGUGGUACAGCAAGAAGAGAUUUGAGGAACCGCCACUGGAAAGAUUGGGCGCAGCCAGCAUUUCCCGACACAGCGGACACAGACCUCCCUGUCUGCGCCAGACAAGAGGACAAGCGUGGAAAUCCACAUUAUCCUCCCUUGGGCUCCCGUACAAACACCUGAUCACCCACCACCAGGAGCCCUCGAAACGCUACCUCAUCAGCACCUACGACGACCAUUACAACCGGCACGAUUACAACCCGGGCCUGCCUCCCCUCCGCUCCUGGAAUGGGCACAAGUCGGUGUGGCUACCAGAGAAGUCCGACUUCCCCCUUCUUGCGCCUCCUACCAAUUAUGGACUCUACGAGCAGCUGAAGCAGAAGUGGCUGGCGUCCAAGGUUGGCCCGAGGGAGAGGGAGAGCAUCUAUACUUCGUCCUACCCCAGACCACCGUUGUGGGCUCUGUCCCAGCGCGCGCACGCGAUCCCGGUCCUUCCCUGUCGCCUGCACCCUUGCCCAACCUCCUGAGAGCUGCCCCCCAGUCGGCAGCUCGGGCAGAACCAGCUGGAGCCCCACAGCCUCACUGGACUUGCCAGACACAAGUGGCUGCAGAUGAACUCAGAGCGCGGAGUCCGGCCCCUCAGACGCCCCUUAGAAUCAUGGUCUGUGUCCUUCAGUACCCUCCCCCUCCAACCCCACGGGGUCCUUUCUAUUCUGUCCCACAAUUAAAGCUCUUGGAUGCUA